UUCACAUUGUAAAAUUUACAAGUAAGUUUUAAAGUUAAUACCUUGCUUAAGCAACAAUUGAAGUAGCCGCGAGAAGAUGACGAGAAAAGAAGUUUAAAAGUUUAUAUUCUUAAUCAGAUUGUUCCUAUAUCGGUCAUAUAACAGUCAGAAGAUAUCUUUAAAAAAAGUUCUUCCAUUUAAAAACUAAUAUUUCGACUUAUACUUCCUAUAUAAUAUAUAAGUCCGAUAUUAAUAAGAUGUGUUCAUUUAAAAAUGGAGAACAUAAUUUUCGAUCUAUAAUUCCUAUGAGCAUUAAGAGAUAUAGGAGUCAUACGCAAUGUUUUAAUAGGAUAGAUUUAAGACUAUGAGAUAGACAAAGCAAAGGGUAUAAAUAAGCCUAGAAGUAAAUAUUAGAUUCGAUCCAGUCAAUAUCUGCUCCGAACGCUACUCGCUUCGCUUCUCUCGGCGCUCUGGUGGAUCUGUGAGAGCGUAGACUUGGGCACGUAAACAUAAACAAACCUUGGCGGGGUUUCAAACACGCGACCAACUCAACUUGUUUAUCUAAUCUACACGCCCAUUGAUAAGCGAGCCGAAAGAGCGACGCUUACUCAUAGAUCCGUAGUAUCAUCAGGAAUUUUGCAAUCGAAGCAUGUGAAGAGCAGCUGCGCACUAAGAAGAGUUAUUAAAAGGAACACAAUACUGGACAUGAGCGUGGAGGUGGGUCAUGCGGCCAGUCCGCCUGGUCAUAUACUUGGCUAUGCGAUACGCAGCCAUACGCGCAUCUAUGUCUCCUACAUAAUCCCCACCUGCUUGGCGCUGUUGGUCUACAUGCUGCAGACGUCCACAGACUUGGCCUUGAGCUAUCAGCAUUUCCGGCAGCAUGAGCCCGGCUACGGAGCCGGUACACUAAUACUGGUGCUAGUGCCGCCGCUGCUCACCUGCGUUCUGGUGCUCAGCUCCAGGGAGCAGCGCAGCAGCGCCAGCGAUGCCAGUCGCAAUCAAUUUGUUGUCUGCAGCCUGGGACUGUUGCAGCUGUUGCUCUUUCCAGUCGCCGUGCUUUACAGGUUCACCAAGCGCCUGUUUUGGUCCGUUGAGGCGCUUUUCCAUGCCGACGACGAUGUGGAACGCAUGAAGUGCCUGACCAAGGCGACGCAAACCUCCAGCAUAGAGCUGUACCUGCUGAUCCAGGCCUACGCGCAGGCGGCGCCACAAAUUAUACUGCAGAUGUACCAUAUGCUCGCCCAGGACAUCUUUCGCAACUAUGAGACGUCCGCCUUGCAGGGUAUGUGCCUUGUAUUCGCCGCCAUAGAUCUGGCCGGGAUUACCACCAGCUAUCAUCGCAUCGAGAGCCAGCGACGCGUGGGUCGUAACUAUCCCUGGGCAACGGCGCAGCAGGUGGAGGCACAGCGCUGUCGGCUGGAGCAGAACGAGCGGCUGUGCGGCGAGGUUGAGCGCAGGAAACGCGAAUCGGAGCGCACGCUGGCAACAAGCUUUCCGCAGUCAGAGAAGAUCAUGCAGAAUUUUCAUGCAAGACAGAUGGACAGCCAGAUUGGCAGCCAUGAGCUACACAUAAGCGGAUUUGAUGAGGUGGAUAACGAUGGCAUGGAGACGCUGGAAACCAAAGCUCUGCUGCACUCGCCCACAACAGCUGCCGGCAACAUCACGGAUGAUGAUAAGAUAUAUCAGGCCAGGCCCAAAUUGCAGCUGCGACGCGAAGAGCUCAACCAUCUGGAUAGCAUCGAGGUGCUGGACACAGUGCCUGAAACACCAGCACCUCCGCCGCCGCCUGCCACGGCGCCGCCAGCGCUGCCCAUGCUGCGGCUGCCCACAGAUAAUAGUCCGCCCACGGCCGCACCAGAUCUGCGACGCACUGUGUCGGAUACUGAACAUAGACGCAGCCGACUCGUGACGCGUCCACUCUCCCAGCUGGAGACGUUCAAGGAUAUGCUGCUGGUCAAUGCCCAGCUUUAUAUCAAGGAGCACGUGCCGCGGCCGCCCAAAGUGCUGAUGGGACGCGUCAAUGAGGAGCCCAGCGAUGAUCGCACUCCAUUGGUGCUGGCACAGACGCCAAAGGGCACACCUGUUACGCCCAAGGAUGUGGUGGACUUCUACUUUCCGCGGCCCACAAAGAUUGUCAAUGGCAUACAGCAGGAUGACUUUGCGGGCAAAACGGUUGCGUUCUUCGGUUGGAUAGCGUUCAUCACAAUGCGCAUGCUCUCGCUGGCCACGUUCUGUGUAUUUUAUCCGCGCGCCUUUUUCAUCAUUGUGGGCGUGCACUAUGCCCUCAUGCUGGCCGCCUUGGCGCUAGAGACACGUUGCCGCGGCAGCUGGAGCCGUUCGUUGUUCUAUCUGUUGCUCGGAUACAUCUAUAUUUUUGUGCUGCUCGAGUUCCGUGUGUGCUUCAAGAGCGUAAGGAGAUGGUAUGUCUGCUACCUGGUGCUCAUACUGGUGGAGAACAUAACGAUGUCAGCGAUUUGGUAUGCCAACGAACAGUUCGAGUCCUGGUGGUUCGGCUUCAUUUGGGAGUGGAUCGUCUACAGCGGCAUCUUGUUUCUGGCCACGAUCGUGGUCUACUACUGUAUACUGCGUCCCAAGGAUGUCACGCUCAUCGUGGAGGACGAGCCAGCAGCCCAAGGGGAUCAAUCAGAGCAAGCGCCGGUUGCUUAGCUGCGCCGUUGCCAGGCUCCGAAUAUGUUUGGCCUGACACAGCAGUCGGUCAAGCACUUUUCAUUGUCGCAUAUUAGCUCGUAUAACACAAUAAUAAAUUAUUUUCGUUACCAUUUA